AAAUUAAUCCAAAAGUGUGCAGCAGUCUCAAUUCAAACACCAAGAUGAGAACACAAAAUUUUAUUUUCCUAGUUUCAACUUUUAUGUUGUGUGCAGCAUGGUACAUACUAAGUGCUUCAGCAUUCAAUGGACAAGAUAUGUUCACAUGUGAUGAGACAACCUCACAGUUUCUAGCAUCUCAGAUCACUAAGAGAAGAGUUGAAGGAGUUCCUGAUGAAUCAGAAUGUGGAGUAAAUGAGACCCUCCAUAUCCCUGGCGUUACCAACUAUUGCCUCGAUGGAUGCGACACUGAAUGUGUCUGUAAGCCUGGCUACAUCAGAACUAACCGAAAAGGAUGCAUUCUACUUGAAGAACAUGGAAUGAAAUGCAACAAUUCCGAAGUCGUCGUUUGUGGAGUGAAGUUGUGCGAAAAGACGUGUGACCUGACACCGCAUCCACUUUGUGAACUUAAUUACUAUAUAUGCAGAUACACAUACUACUGUGGAUGUCAGGAAGGAUAUAUAAGAAUUAAUGGAACACAAAAGUGUAUCCCCAAUAGUCGAUGUCCAGCACGACUUUAUGAGAAGCCAGCUUAUGAGGAAUUGCAAUUUGGGUACUAGUAAUUUGAUAUUUUAUCAACAUUGGGUUUGGGUAGGCAUGAUGAAGAUUUAACAAUUCAUAUUAAAUUGACAGAAAAUAAAUAAUUUUUUUUAAUGAUUUUCAAUUCAAAGAACCGCCAACCUACAUAUCAAGUUUCAGAUAAAAUCUAUAAAAGGCAUUCAACAAUUUUCCAACAUUUCCG